UACACUCCACAGGAAACGGAUCCUUAUCUGUGAAUGCAGUCUACACGCUUUCUAAGAAACAUGUGCACAUUCGUGAAGACAACACCAUGGAUAAACACAAAAUGAGACUAAGAAGAAUAGCUAUCAUAAGUGGGUCGAUUCUGGUUGCCACGGCAAUGGUUUUCUAUUUAACCAUCGGAGAAAUACCAGCCAGCAUGCUCAUCAGAAAUGUCAACGCGUGGCAAGUUAAAGACACGGCUUCGCCUCCAACAAGCCAGAUAAGAGAAGGCCCCAAACCAACCCCGGGGAAGCCAAAACUGCUGCUGAUUGUAGCCUACCUUCGCAGUGGUUCCACCUUCACAUCGAGUUUGUUUUCCCAGCAACCAGACUCAUUCUAUGUAUUCGAGCCUCUACAUAUGGUUGUCAAAACAGUCAAAAAGCACAUGGCUCUGCGAUAUGUCAAUGGCACGGUCAGACAUUUCCCAAAGGGUAUUUCAGAUAAUCCCCAGUCUCUGUUCAGAGAAUGUAUGGACCCCUGGCUUCGUUGUGCAUUUCGGAAAGUUGACACCGCUAGUCUUUUGGACAAAAUCCAUGCAUUCUUCUCGAAAUCCAUGAAACCCUUUCUAUUGUGUCUUAAACAUAUCAAAUUCUUUAAGCCUCUGACGCGAUACUCAAUCAAUCACUGCAUCCGCGAAACGGAAAUGAAGUGCACUUCAGCUAAUUUGAGGGUUAUAAAAACAAUACGUCUUUCCAUGGAAAUGGCUCACUCAUUGAUGACAGAAAAUGAGAAUAUGAAAAUCGUACACCUUGUUCGGGACCCCAGAGCAAUGUUUUUGUCGCAGAGUAAUUACAAGCUUAUUAAAGACAAUAACAAAACCAGUCAAUUUGAAAGGUUGUGCUCACGCAUGCGCGAUGACAUUUAUUUCACGCGCCAACUUUUAGAGGCCGGAAAUAAAAAUGUGAAGUUUGUUCGUUACGAGGAUAUUGCUUUUAAUCCAAUAGAAAUGACAAAAGAGCUGUACACAUUUUUAGGUGAACCACUUACCAAAGAGGUGCUAAAAUAUGUGGCUCAAAGUACUUCUCUCAACCUGAAAGACGGUUGUCCGUUUUGCACACGGCGCGGAAAUUCUACACUAACAGCAAGCAAAUGGAGAUUUAGAAUUCAGCCAUCUUUUCUGAAAUUUGUGGACCAACAUUGUAAGGACCUUUUACAACCCCUGGGAUACAAUUUUACAGAGGACAUCAAUUAUUUAAGAAACACUUCAUUACCAAUUUUUCAAAAGCGUAUUCCUUUAUUGGAACACAUAUAAACCUUAGGCUAUUGACAGCACCAAAAUGUGAUUACUGAAACAUUCCACAGCAAACCUGAUUUUUCGGAAUAUUAGAUUUGUCGUGUAUGUAGAUUAUUAUCUGACAAUGAAUCCCUAGACUAACGAACCAAUUAUUAAUGAGCUUCGUCCAGGCCAAUGGCCUGAAUUUGCGAUGAUUUGUAUUUUUCGUCAGUGUAUAAGUAUGUAUGUUA